AUGCGUCAAAUUGGAUCAACCCCUGUCACCGCACCCGGUUGGACUGCGAAACCGAAAGAAGGGAUCGCUAUCGUCGAUUGUGAUGUGCACCACAAUUUUCGCCACCCUACGCAACUGCUGCCUUACUUGUCAAAAUUCUAUCAGGAGCAUCUCCUCGACCAAGGGCUACAUCUCGGCGGGUAUCCCAACAUCCCCAUUCGGAGCAACCGCGUUGACCUCAAAGGAAGGGUCGAAGAAGCCAUCGAAUCGACACCCAAGAACUCCGGCGGUGACCCCAGAGAUUUUAACUUCACAUUAGAGUUCCUCCAAGAUGAGCAUCUCGAUGUCUGGAAUAUUGAUGUCGCCUUGCUUACUGGACCACCCCCGUUCUACGGGUAUUCUGGGCUACCUGACCCGGAUUGGGCAGCUGCGCUCUGCCGCGCCUUUAACGAUUGGACAAUUGAGCAUUGGCUUGAUCGCGACGAACGCGUCGUCAACGCUAUCCUCGUCUCGCCCUCCGAUCCACCGCAAGCCGUGGAAGAGAUUAACAGGCUCGCACACCGGAAGGACACUGCUGCUGUUAUGGUGCCGAUGGGAACGAGUCGUCCCUUUGGCAACCGCUUCUAUCAUCCUAUAUGGGAGGCGUGUGAAGCGCACGGACUCCCAGUCGUGUCACAUAUCGGCGGUGGCGGCGGGGCAACCCGAAACACGCCAACCCCGGUCGGGCAUCCCACUUACUACAUGGAAUCUCGGAUGAGCAGACCUUAUGUCGCCAGUUCACACGCGACAUCUCUAAUCUGCGAAGGGGUCUUUGAGAAGUUUCCUAACCUCAAGUUCGCACUGAUUGAAGUACAACAGAUGUGGGCGGUACCGGUGAUGUGGCAUCUGGAUACCGACUGGAAGGCGUUGCGUGACCAGACACCGUGGCUUAAACGGCUGCCAAGUGAGUAUUUCCGUGAACACAUCCGGAUCGGGUCACAACCAAUGCAUGAACCUGAAAAACCGGAACAGAUGUAUCAGAUGUUAGAAAUGCUGCACGCCGAUGAAACGCUGAUAUUCUGCUCAGACUUCCCACAUUUCGAUUGGAACGACCCGUAA